CACAGCUCUGCCUGAGCUGCUAAUCUCUCUGGCUGCUGAAACCCUUUGAAGCCGCUGAUCCUGCUCAAGAGACAGGUGGUCCCGGACGCCGCCAGCAUGCCGGGCUUCCUGGUGCGCGGAGCCCGGGGGAGGCUGUGCGUGGGCCUCGCCUGCGCCCUGGGCCUGUGGAACACAGUGGCUGCUAUUAAAGGAGAAGCCAAGAAGGAAAAGGUCACAACCUUCCUACCGACAACAGGGUCUGGCAAUGAGGAAGCCGAGAAGGAAAAAGCCGGGGCUUUCCUUGGUGCGACAGAGCUGCCUGCGAGGGCGGUGGACCUGUCCGCCCUGAACCUGACGGAGGUGGUGAACGGCAUGCUGAGCAGAGCUUUAAAAGAUCGCAAGAAAUUCUUCUCCUUGCUCAGCAUCACGUCCUACAGCUCCUUCGCCUUCCACAAGCUCUCGGUGGCCGUUUACAACAUUUCUAACCUGAAGACGGUGGACCAGGCCAGGUUCCCCACGCGGUACUGCUACUGCUUAAGCAAUCGGACCAAUGACCUGUCAGAUUUCACAGCCCUGCUGGUGGACAUCAUUGGGAAUUCCACCAGCUACCUCACCGAGAUUUUCAAGUCGACCUCUAUCCUCUCAGUGAGUCAGACGAAUGCCUCCGACUGCAUCUUCAUCUGUGUGAUGACGGGGAAGGCAGGACGGAACCUCUCUGACUUCUGGGAGUUGGCGGAGAAAUCUCCGGUCAUCAAUUACACCUUCACCAGCAGCCUGGCCGCGGCUCCGGCUGCCAGGGGGACAGCUGUGGCUUCCAAGCUCACACCCACGAGCCAGCAAACACCGCCGAGGACAAGCCCUCCACGCCCAGCCCGGAGCACCGGCGUGUCUGCUCUGGGAGCCUCUCCCUGGACCGAGGUGCCUGAUCCUUUAGAGGGAGAGCAGGCGGUGAACACAGACAGGCUUCCUGAACUCCUCGCCACGGCCACGGCCACGGCCACGCCGGGCAGCGUCUCUCCCACCCUCCCAGGCUCGGCUACCAGGAGGGCGGCCGGAGCUCCAUGGGUGACAGACGGCAGGCAGGCCUGGGCGUCCACACUGCCCGUGCCCCGGGCUCCGACCACCAGCAAGGAAGCGCCUGGAGGGCCUCCCUGGGAAGCGCUUUCCUCCGCAGCGACAUCGCCCACAAAGGCCAAGGACACGGGGACCACGGGGAGCCUUUCGGAGCCUCCUGCUGGGACACACGGCAGCCCUUCCCAGACCAGCCCAACCUCGGGGACACUCACCCCGGGCACACAGACUUCCAGUCCCACCAAGGCCCCGGCCCCCCGGUAUCCACACACAGGUGACCUUCUGCGGCCAUUGCCCCCUGCAGAGGAGCCAGCCCUGGUCCCGGGACCCCACCACGUUCAUGUCUCAAGGUGUCCUCAGCAGCUCCUCAGAGAAGGGCCCCUGACAGCCGGGCCCCUCCCCGGGGCCGCCCACAAGCUCACCCCCUGCCUGAUGGAGCUGUGCCGGUUUUUCCAGCAGUGCCUCUGCGCAAGCCCGAGGAGGGACCCCAGGACGGAGGCCAUGAGGUACUGUCUUGAGUUCUAUUCCUGGUUUCUGAAGAACGCAACCCACAUCUGCCAGGAGGCGAAGAGGGUGCCCCACUCGCGCACCUUAAAACAACGAUGCCUGGAGAACAUCUGCAGGUCUGUGUGAGCCUUGAGAGAACAAUGGGACCUCACCAUGAACCCAGCCAUCUCUCCACCCUGGCCCCUGGCCCCUGGCCCCAGUGGGCUGCACUGGCAGGAUUCACCCGGCCUCAGCUAGACCAGGGGUGGGGAACCUUUUCCUGCCCAGGGCCACUUGGAUAUGCACAGCACCAUUGGAGGGCCAUACAAAAUGGUCAGCUUAACAAUUAGCCUGCUGUAUUGGUCAAGCAUGUAAUUAUCUCCCCCCCAAUGCCCCGGCAGGCCCAGACCUAAUGAUUCUGUGGCUUUACACCAGCGGUUCUCAACCUUGGCUGCACAUUAGAAUCACCUGGGAACAUUUUUAAACUCCUCCGAGAUG